ACCUAUAUUGUCCCCAGCGAUUGUCAGCCGUCAGAGCGGAACUCCGUGGCUGGUCUCUCGAACGCGGAAGUUGGAUCCCUGGUGGAACGCAUGCUAUGCGUUUUCCCUGGUUACCAGCUCUGUAAUGACAGAGACACGUGAUGUUUCCAGCUGUACAGGCAGGUGACGCAAGCAGGAAUCAAGGUGGCGGCUUGACAUAAAGCUACACGCCAGAAGCCUCCAUACCAAAGAACUAGUGUUGAGUUGGAUUUUGUUUCAUGCUUCAAAAUGGCAGCUUCCAUUGUGAGCUGGUGACAGGGGAAUUUUAAAGGCAAGCUCACAGGGAUCUGAGGAGUACUUCUCAUACAAAUCUGUCCUACAAGCACACACGGGCUGGAGUGUAUACUUCAUUGAGUCUUUAUUACUUAUUUUUUCUAUAGUCAGCUAUAAAUAGAAGCAGAUUUUAUUCUACAGUCACUCAGUCGUGAACAGUGGGAUCAUUGUUUAGGUUCAUCUGCUUUGCCAUGGCGUCUACAAGUAAAAAGCAUAAAACAAGUGAAUGUUCCCGGCUUUUUAAUCAAAGGUGGACCAAUUUGUACUUUUUUGUGGAGAUUGACGAUAAGCCAGUGUGUUUAGUUUGUCGUGAGUCAUUGUCAGUAUUAAAAGAAUACAAUAUAAAGCGACACUAUGAGACAAAACAUGCGUCCAAGUUCAAUCACCUUCAAGGGCAACCUCGUGUGGAUAAAGUGAACGAUCUCCAAAAAGAUCUAAAACGCCAGCAGGGUACUUUUAAAAGGCAUAUGGAAGAGAGUGAAGCGUGCGUCAAAGCAAGUUAUGUAAUAGCUGAAAAAAUUGCUAAAAAAACAAAAGCCUUCUUGGACGGUGAGUUCGUAAAAGAGUGUCUCAUCGCUGCUGGGGAAAUUCUCUAUCCAAAGAAUAACGAACUGUUUAAAAAAUUGAGUUUGUCUGGUGUAACUGUAGCACGACGUGUCGAAGAACUUGCCAAUGACAUUGAAGGAACUUUAAAAAAACGGCUGUACGCAUUUAAGUCAUAUUCACUUGCUUUAGAUGAGAGCACAGAUGUGAAGGAUACAGCACAACUGGCUAUCUUUGUCCGUGGCAUUGAUCAACACUUCAAUGUGACAGAAGAGCUGCUAGCGCUUGUACCUAUGAAGGGAACGACGAAAGGCACUGAUAUUCUGGAAGCCACCAAGAAAACACUCCAGCGUUUCGACUUCAGCUUAUCCAACCUUGUGGGAGUGGUAACUGAUGGUGCCCCUGCUAUGGUGGGAAGGAAUGAAGGGUUUGUUGCACUUUUAAAAAAAGAACCGGAACUAGAAGGAAAAGAUCUCAUCCAGUACCACUGUUUAAUCCACCAGGAGAAUUUGUGUGCGAAAACGAUUGGAUUUGAGAAUGUAAUGAAAGUUAUUGUGUCUGUAGUCAACUUUAUUAGGGCACGAGGAUUGAAUCAUCGUCAAUUCCAAGAAUUUUUGACACAAGAGUGCCAAGCGGAUCACGGCGACGUGGUUUAUUAUAGUGAGGUGCGUUGGUUGAGCAGAGGGAAGGUACUUAAGAGAGUCUUUGACUUAAGAAGUGAAAUAGAAGAGUUCAUGCAAACCAAGGGGAAGCCGAUUGCAGAAUUUAAUGAUCCAAAGUGGAUUUCAGAUUUUGCCUUUGUGACCGACAUCUCCUUGCAUAUGAAUGACCUAAAUACGCGGCUACAAUCCAAGGAUCAGCUGGUGCACGCUCUGUUUGAUCACAUUAAAACUUUUGUAGAAAAGCUCAAACUUUGGGAGGCACAACUCACGAAAAAAGACUUUACACAUUUUAAGCUUCUCGGUGAGUCCAACUGUUUGUCUCCUGGUGAUUACGCUACAAAAUUAAGCAUGAUGCGAAGUGAGUUUGAAGACAGAUUUAGUGAUUUCCGUAAUCAACAGUCUUUUUUCGAUUUAUUUUCUGUGCCUUUUACUGUCAAUGCUGCCAAUAUGCCAGGCUCAGUACAAAUGGAGCUGCUUGAUCUCCAAAACAACUCAUCUUUGCGAGAAAAAUUCUUCAAUGUGCCCUUGUUUACGUUUUACAAAGACUACAUUUCUCAGGACAUAUUCCCUUAUCUCUGGCAGCACGCUUUGAAGAUCCGAAGAGCAUGUACCCCUCUUGCUACCAGCAAAAACCUUUUUGCCAGGGGUUUCUACCUGCUGUCUGACCUGGUUGAUGACCUCCAACCAAACCUCAACAUCCCUACAACCCAAAGGCAAAACCUUCCCAUCGUACUUCUCCCUGAACUUGGUAUCGUAAUCCCUCCUCGCGUAACCUUUAUACGUGAUGAGGGUUUUGUUAACCAAGAACAAAUACUUGAUUACAUUCUUUUAUUCUCCAGGCCUGCUGUCGAAGUAGCAGGCCAGGAAAAACUAAGAAACCAUUUAACCAGUGAUGGUAGCUACGAAAGGAAUUCUCAUCUCAGCCGUUAUGGUGAAGAUAUCUACAAAUUUGCCCUUCCUGAUCCUAUCUUUCAAACUUUUUCUCAAACCCUGUAUUCACCAGAGGAGUCUAUGCAAAGUUGCAUGCGCUCAAACCACUUGGAGAAGCAGCUGGACCAGUCCAAAGCAGAGUGGCACAUUAUUAAACAAGACUCAAGGGCAGAGGAUCAUUAUGAUUAG